UCAGGGCGAUGGCUGAAUCUUCUCAAAAUGAUAUUCCCAAAUCUAAUCCUGCUGCUUCCGGGGAAUAUGACAAGAAAUGUAUUUUUUGCAAGAUAGUAAACAAGGAAAUGGGGACGGAGCUACUGCACUGUGAUGAAGAAAUAAGCUGUUUUAAAGACAUCAGACCUGCAGCGCCACAUCAUUACCUAGUGGUGCCGAAUAAACAUGUUGGCAACUGCAAGUCUCUCACCAAAGAGCAUGUACCUUUAGUAAAGCAAAUGGUUGAAUUAGGAAAGGACAUGUUGGAAAAAAAUAACAUUACAAACCUCAGUGACGUAAGGUUUGGUUUCCAUUGGCCUCCAUUCUGUUCAGUCACGCACCUGCACCUUCAUGUCCUGGCCCCUGUCAGUCAGAUGGGCUACAUGUCUCGUCUCAUCUACAAACUCAACUCUUACUGGUUUAUAACAGCAGAUCAACUGAUAGAGAUGCUAAACUCAAAGGAAGAGACAAACUGAUGUCACUGACUUUGACUGUUAAACUGUCAGUUCUGCUUCAAAUGAUUACACCUCUUACCUCUUAAUGAGC